AUGAGUGCGCUUGGUCGUGAUGUUCGUCAGGCAAUGGUGGAAUAUACGCCGAUGAUCAUAUUUGUUGUUAUAUUUGUUGCUGUACCCAUCCAGUUCCUCCUCUCACCGUCCUCAACGUCCGAUGUUCGGUAUCACCUGCACAAGUUUGUCUUACACUGUCGUCCUGUUGGUACCAUGUGUGUUUGA